AACAUGGCUGCGUUAUCCAUGCGACUGACACGGACUUAAUAACCACGCCUCCUUUGUCCUUUGAUCAGUUGCAUUUGCCCGAGUAGCAAGCGCAUAUGCCGCACAUUUGAUUUUCAGAUUUUCAUCCUUCUAUGGUGUAGACAUCUAAAGCUAUCCAAGAUGCUGAUGUCCAAGAAGGAUCGUUUGGCCAUCUAUGAGUACCUUUUCAAGGAAGGUGUGAUGGUGGCCAAGAAGGAUUUCCACGCACCGAAGCACCCCGAACUGGAGGCCAUUAGCAAUCUCCAUGUUAUCAAGGCCAUGCAGUCGUUGAAGAGCCGAGGGUUGGUAAAUGAACAGUUCGCCUGGAGGCACUACUAUUGGUACCUCAACAACGAGGGCAUCAACUACCUUAGGACUUUCCUCCACCUUCCCCCAGAGAUUGUUCCUGCCACUUUGAAGAGGCAGACUAGGACAGAGGCUGCAAGGCCGCGCCCCUCAGCACCCAAGUCGGAUUCUUCUAAAAUGACGGAAGAUCGAGCGGCUUACAGAAAGGGACCUGGCGCUCCCGACAAGAAGGCCGAAGUUGGCGCUGGAGCUGCCGAGAUCGAUUUCCGCGGAUUUGGACGUGGACGAGGUGCUCCUCCCCCACAGUAAUCCAUUACUUAUGCGUAUUUCUAUAAAAAAAAUGUUUCAUUAUUAAAGGAAACAAAUAAAAAAAUCACACUGUGUUCAUAAUAAUUAAUUUAACUGUCCGAACUCACAUUGAUUUUGUGACUGUUGAAAAUAAAGUUGCUCUAAAUUA